GCAAACUUGUCCUGUCGGACAUGGUACUUGACGAAAAUGCGAUUAAAUCAAGAGAAACUUGAAAGAGAAUAAAUUUGUUGCUGAUGUCUUUCGUGUGUUCAAUUUAGGACCCAUUGUUCGAAUUGCCCCCGGCGAAUACAGUAUCGAUGACCCCGAGGCUACGAAGGAGAUUUAUGGCUUGGGCGGGAAUUUCGUGAAAAGUCCAUGGUACAUUGCAAGCAGCAAUCCGGAUCCUCAUGCAACGCCCGACCUGUUCACUGAUCUCGAUCCAAAACGGCAUGCGGCAAAUAGGAGGAAAGUGGCUGCGCUGUACUCUAUGACGAAUCUAGUGCAGAUGGAGCCGUUUGUUGAUGAGUGUUCUGAGUUAUUGAUCAAGAGAUUUAGGGAGUUUGGGGUGGCAGGGAAAGAGGUGGAUAUGGCGCGUUGGUUGCAGUGUUAUGCUUUCGAUGUUAUUGGGCAUAUUUCUCUAGCAGACCGGUUCGGCUUCCUCGAUGCCGGCGAAGAUAUAUCCGGCAUGAUGGCCGCCAUCGAUGAUUACCUCUCUUAUCUCACCCACGUCGGAGUCUUCUCUGAGUUCCAUCGGACAAUCGCCGGCCUCCUCUCCCACUUCUCUCAGAAUGACACCGGAAUGUCUGCCAUCCGUAAAUUUGCUCAAGCUCAACUAUCCAAACGUAAAUUCGAAAUCAUUCGGUCGGACAAGAGGAACUCCAAUCAGGGCGACUUUAUCACCAAGCUCUUGCAACUACAUGAAGCUGACCCGUCCAAAGUUGGCAUGAAGGAUGUUUUUAUCACACUCAUUACAAACAUUGGUGCUGGCUCUGACACAACAUCUGUCAGUCUCGGCUCUGUGAUUUAUCACCUCUGCCGAAAUCCAGAUACAAUGCAUACUUUACGGAAAGAAAUCGACGACAUGGAGAAAGCAGGCCGUAACUCCAAUCCCGUGACAUUCAUCCAGACUCAACAGAUGCCGUACUUGCAGGCUGUUAUCAAGGAGGCGCUGAGAAUUCAUCCGGCUACGGGGUUGCCGCUUGGGAGAGUUGUUCCCAAGGGUGGGAAGGUUAUUGCUGGGCAGCUGUUUCCGGAAGGUAGCGUCGUAGGUAUCAACUCUUGGGUAGCACACGCGAAUACCCAUAUAUUUGGGCCCGAUGCGGCAGUGUUUCGACCUGAGCGAUGGCUGGAGAGUAAAGAGAAGAGUACUAUGCUGGACAAGUAUUUCUUUAGCUUCGGCAUGGGAUCUCGCACUUGCAUAGGCAAGAACAUCAGUCUUUUGGAGAUGGCGAAACUCAUUCCGCAACUCGUGAGGAAUUUUGAUAUUGAGCUAGUGAAUUCGGGAAAGGAAUGGAAAACGACGAAUAAAUGGUUUGUGAAACAAGGUGAUUUCUUUUGUAAGGUUAGGUUGAGAGAGGGUGAUUCUUAGUGGAUGUUGAGAUGUAGUGUACGAAGUGUUGUGAAUGUGGGCAGAACAAAAUCUUGCAUCUUCCUCAUUGAAUCCGCAGAAGCAAAUCUCAGAUUACUGACGAAUUUUCUGCAACGCCCAGAAUUGUAUGCUUCAUAUCUGAUAUUGUAUUGUAUUGGAUGUUCAAAAUUUUGG